AUGGUUAAUUGUGAGGAAUCAACAUGUACUAAUAUUCAAUCUGCUAUUUGUCUUCAUUGUCUUCGUCGUUUAUGUUCUAUGCAUAUUCUCGUUCACGAAAAAAUUAUUUCCAAAGAAACGAACGAACUUUAUGAACAAAUAGAUGAAGUAGCCGAACAAUUAAAUGUUUCUUUACAACAUAUUCAUACAGCUUAUGAAGAAAGUAGACAAAAACUUAAUACUUGGCGACAAGAUCAUAUUGAUAAAAUUAAACAAAAACAUACAGAACAAUAUCAAAAAGAUAAUCUUACUAAAUUAGAAGAUGAAUUAACACAACGACUUAUAAAAGAACAACAAGAUAGUACACAAUUAGAAUUGAAUGGAAAUAAAAUAGAUGAAUCUUCUGUAAUACAAAUGAAUUCAUCUCAACAACAAUAUACUAACUCUCAAUUAUUAGCAACUAAUCGAGCUAUAUCAAGUCCUUCAAAUCAGACAAUAUCAACAACUUCGCCUUUGUCACGAACUCCAAUCAAACGUCCUAUAAUGUUCUCAUCAAAAAAAAUUGUCAAAUAUUUUAAAAAUAUAUCUGGAUCUGAUGAUCAAAAUCUAGAGGAUUACAUCGUUAAAGAUCUUCAUAGUUUAUCACAUGUUAAUAAUAUUAUGCUUGUAUUUCUUUCACUUUUUGAUGCUUGGCAUUCACGAAAUUUGUCAACUGUAUACAAUGAUCAGAGCCUGUCUUAUCAUAUUAAAAAUCUAAAAAAAUAUAUUAAACAACAAGAACAUCAAUUAACAGUAAUUGCAGCUAUUCAAGUAUUUAUUAAUAAUUGUAAAUAUUCUGAUAGUCAAUCAAAUACAAUGUUUACUAAUUUAUUUCAAUUUUUCUUAACUAAUGAAUGUAUUACUAAAGAAACUAUCAUUGAUUGGUAUAAAAAUGGUGAUUAUUACGGUUAUGAAGGCUUUCAAAAAGCAAAAUUAUGGGCGCAAUCAUUCUUUAAAGAUUUAAUAGAUAAUCCUUUGUAA